AGGUCACCUUCUCUCUCUCUCAAUCAGAAGAAGAAAAGAUCUUUGAAGAGGCAGACGACGCCGACGCACGCGGAGACCAGAGCCAACCUUCUCUCUCUCUCACUCACUCACUCAAAGGAAGGAACAACCAAGCAACUGUUGAAAGCUGGAUCGGAUCCUCGGAAUCGUUCCCGUGUGCAGAUCUAGGAGAGGAGAGCAAGCUCCGUCAAGCUCGUCAUCCAGCUUCACAAGGGAGAAGGGCAUCUCCAGGUUGAGGUAGCACCACUGGCAACCAUGGAGGCGGCUCUGGUGAGUGCAGCGACGGGAGCCUUGAAACCCGUUCUGGCAAAGCUGGGUGCUCUGGCAGGCGAUGAGUACAAGCGGUUCAAGGGUGUGCGUGCUGAUAUGAAGUCGCUCACCCGUGAACUCACUGCCAUGGAUGCAUUUCUUCUCAAGAUGUCAGAGGAGGAGGAUCCUGAUGUUCAGGAUAAGGUGUGGAUGAAUGAGGUGCGCGAGCUCUCCUAUGACAUGGAGGACUCCAUCGAUGACUUCAUGCAAAGUGUCAAUGAUGGAGAUACAAAGCCAGAUGGAUUUUUAGAGAAGAUGAAGAAUUCAUUGGGGAAGUUGGGGAAGAUGAAGGCUCGUCGCCGGAUCGGCAAUGAGAUCGAAGAUCUGAAGAAGCAGAUGAUCGAGGUGGCUGAGAGGAAUGCAAGGUACAAGGCCCGUGAGGCAUUCUCCAAGGCCAAGAAUGCAACCGUUGAUCCUAGAGCUCUUGCUAUCUUUAAGCAUGCCUCCGAGCUUGUCGGAAUUGAUGAACCCAAGGCUGAGGUAAUUAAACUGUUGACUGAAGGUGUGUCAACACAAGAGCAAGUGAAGUUGGUCUCUAUUGUGGGAUCUGGUGGGAUGGGCAAGACAACUCUUGCAAAUCAAGUGUAUCAAGACCUCAAAGGAGAAUUCAAAUGUCGGUCCUUCUUAUCCGUGUCAAGAAACCCAGACAUGAUGAAUAUCAUGAGAACUAUUUUUAGUGAAGUUAGUGGGAAAGAUUAUGCUAACACUGAAGCAGGGAGUAUACAACAACUCAUUAGCAAGAUCGUCGAUUUCCUCGCAGACAAAAGGUAUUUUGUUGUUAUUGACGAUAUAUGGGACGUGGAUACAUGGCAUGUUAUUAAGCUUGCAUUUCCCAUGACUAGUUCUGGAAGUAUCAUAAUCACCACUACCCGUAUAAAUGAAGUUGCUGAAUCAUGCCGUUCAACACCAUUCAGUGGGGAUAUUUAUUGCAUCAAGCCUCUUAAAAUGGUGCACUCUAGGCACUUAUUUUACACAAGACUAUUCAAUGCCCAAGAAAAUUGUCCCUCAUACCUUAAAACAGUUUCUGAGCAUAUUUUGAAAAAAUGUGCUGGGUUGCCUUUGGCAAUCAUUGCUAUAUCCGGUUUGUUGGCUAAUAUUGAAAGGACAGAAGGUCCAUGGAAACAAGUUGAAGAUUCGAUUGGUAGAGCACUUGAAAGAAAUCCCAGUGUUGAAGGAAUGAUGAAGAUACUAUCACUUAGUUACUUUGAACUGCCUGCUCAUCUGAAAUCGUGUCUCUUAUGUUUGAGUAUAUUCCCUGAAGAUUCUAUUAUUAAGAAAAAAGUUUUGAUAAAUAGGUGGAUUGCUGAAAGAUUAAUUCAUACAGAAUCCGGAUAUAGUACUUCAUAUGAGUUUGGGGAGAGGUGUUUUAAUGAGCUAAUAAACAGGAGUUUGAUCCAACCUUGGCAAACCGAUACGCGUGGAAUUGUAAAGAGUUGUCGACUUCAUGACACAAUUCUUGAUUUCAUCAUAUCCAGAUCCAUCGAAGAAAACUUUGUUACUUUGGUGGGUGUUCCUAGUUUAUCAGUUGGGACACACAACAAAGUUCGUCGGCUCUCCCUGCAAGCCAGCAAGCAAAAAGAACUGAUAGUGCCAAGAGGCUUGGUGUUGUCUCAUGUCCGAUCACUUGAUGUGUUUGGGGAAUCUGUGAAAAUUCCUUCUAUGGAUAAGUUCAGGCAUUUGCGUUUUCUGGAAUUUGAAGAUUUCAAACAACUGGAGAACCAUCAUCUUGAAAAUAUAGAUAAACUGUUUCAGCUGAGGUACCUGAGCCUCCCAGGGGCGAAGAAAGUAAGCAAGCUUCCAGAACAAAUCGGACGCCUAUGGUGCCUAGAGAUACUGAAUUUAAGAGGCACCAAUGUUCGUGAGUUACCAGCAUCUAUUGUCAAUCUCAAGAGACUGGUGCACCUAUUAGUAAGCUAUAAUGUUACACUUCCUUGUGGAAUUUCCAAGCUGCAAGCACUGGAGAAAUUGAAGGUUGUCACUGUCUGUAGCCAGUCAUUUAACUUCCUGCAAGAAUUUGAGCAGCAGCAGAGUCUGAAGGUAUUGGCCCUUGAUUUUGAGUAUUUCCUUGAUUUUGAGGGUUUUAGUUCUGCUGACCAAGUGAACGCUGAAAAUAAGUCCAAGAAAACUAUUAUUGUUGCUUCCCUUAAAAACCUAGGGAACCUUCUCUCUCUAACUGUUUGUGACGGCCCUGAAUUUGUAAGGGAGUCUUUGUGCCCUAUGCCACUUAGGCUCCAGGAGCUGAAAAUCUUCCGUUCUAAUAUUCUUCAUGUUCCAAAUUGGGUGGGCUCCCUUGUCAACCUCCAGGAGUUACGCCUUGAUCUGGUCAGAGUUGAGCAGAAAGAUUUCUAUAUCCUUGGAGGCUUACCUGUUCUGCGUUGUCUGAUUCUGAGAAUUGAUGGAGCGGAAAUUAGAAAUACCUCAUUAACAGAAGAGCCUGAAGUUAUAAGGGUCAUAGUCUGUGGUGAAGUUGGAUUCCCAUGCUUGAGGAUAUUUAUUUUUGAUAGUCAGUGUGCUGUGAUGAAUUUGACCUUUGCGGCUGGAGCCAUGCCCUUGGUAGAUGACCUCUUGAUAGUAUUUAACGCAGAAGAAACUGGGUCUCCCGGUACCAGCGGUGAUUUUGAUCUCGGAAUAGAAAAUCUUCCCAGCCUCAUUAAAAUCAGAUGUAUAUUAUGGGGUAACAGGAACAAUAGAAGCAGAGCUGAGGCUGCAGAAGCUGCCAUUCGGGAAGCGGCCAACGCACAUCCGAACCGCCCUACUCUAUACUUGGUCUGAUAAUGCGUUGCCGGAAUCGAGCUCAGGGAACAAUUCCAAUUAGGCUGCAACUCCAAAUGUUCAUCAUCUGCAUUUCUUCGAUCGAACAAUUCAUCUCUGCUGGCAGCAGGACCGAGCUCGUCUCGCGCCCGGUGCCGAGGACGGGGUGAUGGAGGCCAGCCUUGGCCAGCCUUUUGGGUCUCGGCACUGGGGGCAGUCCGUGGGUGAGAAAGGCGGGUCCUUUCCGCUCGUGUCUUUGGUCGGGGUAGCGGCUGAUCUCGUGUGAGGAGGUGUCAAGGUCUUGGAUGUCGGGGUGGCGGCCAUGAUGGUGGCUUCGCGGGGCUCUUAGGCAGAGCCCGUGGCUUGGUGCUGCCCAGUUUCCAUGGCCGUGUGGGAGGUGUGGUAGCCGGGAUGUGGCGUUCGUCGGCGGUGAAUGGUGGCCGGGGUGAAAACCUGCUCUUUAUUCGGAUGGACCGGCGGCGGCGGACUCGUUCCCUUCUUGAAGGCGUCGUCGCGGCUCUCAUUGCCCUUCAUGUUGCUCUGGGGGAAACUCUGAUCCUCGGAUCAGGCGGCGGCGGCGCUCUGGUGUCGUCCCCUUCAUGAAGGCGCCGUCUUGAAGCCCACGGUUCGUCAUAUGUGGUUUCACCUCUUCGCGUAGUGCUAGGGAUGGUGUUGCUGCGCUCAGCGCCUAUGUAUCUUGCCUUGGGUGUGUGUGUGCGUGUGUUGUGUGGGCAUGAGUUUGUACUUGGUGAUGUUGAUUGGUGCUUUAUAUAUAAAGCGGAGCGAAAGCCUUUUUCGGUAAACUAAUAAUGCGCUCCAUUGAGUUAUUGGCCUUCUGUUUCGUGAUAAUGUGAGAAAGUUACUGUGUUGUACGAGUGUACACACAUUUGUUUGUUCGUGAAUUAAUUGCA